AUGUCUACUAAACAUCUCAUAGCCCUUCUAGCUCUUUCCUUUCUCCUUUCACUAAACUCUCUACACACCAUCAUGGCUGCAAGGAUCAUUCCUAGUAGUGCUCCUAGUACUGUCACAAGGCCUCUUUUUUCAUCCGAAGCUGAAAAUUACUUGAAGCCUCGUUUGGAUCAUACGCAAAGAUUCUUUCAAGGGAGACAAGUUAAGAAUUGUUUGCCAAAAGGGUAUAGGCAUAACUCAGCUCCAAGCAGAUUUGUUAACUAUGAUACAUUAGGUGGAUGUUCUGGAAUCCGUUCGGAGAAACCAUGA